AUAGCGCCAUUUUACUGAGGAAUGAAACGACAAGUUGACAAUUCGUUAACCUCUCGUGGGGUAUUUUGCCAUAAAAAAUAAAUAAUAUCAUUUAUUACUGGCGUUGCAUAUAAAUAUUGAACGUUUUCUUAUGAUGUGCACUUUCAGGUGGCAAAGUUUUAAUAAUAUUGACGUUAUAAUUUGAACCGUAAGUAAGAAAACAGUUAGGCCCUAUUUGGGGACCACAAUUAUCACAUAAAAACCUUUAUAGGUUCUUGGGGCGAUUUUAUUGCAUGCUUUGUUAAGGACCCUAAAGUGGUUAACCAGGGAUGGAACAUGGCUUAGAAGGCCCCUUACACAAUACACCUGUAUCAGAGUGUUUAAGAAAUGGGUUGAGCCCCAUUAUGGCAAAUUUUCCCGAUUCGGCUGCGGCAGAGGGUAACGAAAGCCAAACUGCUUUGAAUGUUGUUAGUGAAAAUGCCCUGGAGUAUAAUGGAAGCCAGUUUGAAGACUCUCUCAGUUCAGAGAGUGAUGCUUUAGUUAUUGAUGAAAAAAUACCGAAGAAGAGGAGGGUAAACCGGAAAUACAGUAAAAAAAGCCCUUCUAAGAAAGAUUGUUUUGCCUCGAUUAAUAAUGAAGAAAACAACUUAGUGUCAGACACAUGUGAGGAGACAAAAGACAACUUAUCAAACCACUGUGAAACAGUGAGGCCCAGUGAAGUUCCUUAUUUAAACAUUUUAUCGAAUGAAAAUACACAAACCAGUGAUAAUUUUAGUGCGGUUAGUGAUAGUGUAGACCAGAAAGCCAGUGAAACAGAGACAUCAACAGACCCUUUUAGGUUGGUUAAUAAUUCAGAGAUUAUAGAGCAUAGUAAUCCUUAUUUCCAUGAAUCCCUUUUUGAGCUUUCGCAAUUACACCACUUAAGUAAUGAAAAUUUAGUUAGUGAGAACAUUAAUGUUGAGCCUGUAGUGAAUGUGAACAAGCCUGCAAAACCAAAGGGUCAAUUAAAGGAGUAUGCACAAUAUUUAGGCCUACAGCCAGCAGUUCAGUUCAAAUGCCCAAAAUGUGGGAAAUCGGGUUUUGAAUCUUUAACGAGUUUGCAAGAGCAUAUCGUGUUGUGCAGUGCCUCUCACCAAGAGGAAAAAGUCCUAAGUGCAGAGAAUGUGUCAGGGUUUAAAAUUACAAGAAAGGUAUUCCUGUGCUCAACAUGUGGGACAUAUUAUGAAAACUGGAAUUUAUACUUACAUAUGUUGGAACACCAUAAGAGGUACAUAUGUUUGUAUUGCUUAGGAAUGUUUUCAGCAUUAGAGGACUUAUGCCAGCAUAUACAGUCCAGGCAUAAUGUUGAACCAGGAGUAAAAGAAUCUUUGGAUGAUUUUUAUAACACUUAUAAUGACCCUUGCUACAUAGUAUGUUGUGAGUGCAACAAGCAAUUUCAGGAGGGAGAUGAUUUUAUUCAUCAUCAAUGCCUACCAUCAAAAGUAUCAAAUAAACCCAAAUCUCGAGUAAUAAAACAAGUUAUAGCACCAGAAAAUCACAUUACAGGUGAUUAUUGUGAAUUAAGCCAAGCAGAAGAGGCUCAAAAUGCCCCAGAGAACAACAUGCAGCUAGAUAAAGACCCUUCAAAUGAGUCCAUAGACAAUAAAAAGUCAAAAGAGCUAAUACCCGUAACUAACAAUGAAGGUAUGGAGUCAAAAGUUGAUGAAGAAAACUUAAAAAGUGACAGUGACAUUAGUGAUAUUGACGAGGAAAAAAACCAAAUAAAAGAGGAAGACAAUAAAUCUGAAAUUGAUAUUGAUGAUGCUGUAAGUCAAGAAGCAGGUGAGGGAGCUGACUCAGAGAGAGACUCACCAGAUUCAGCUAAACAUUCACCCAGUCAGGAAAAUACUAUGGAUGGGAUUGAUGAUGAACAUUCAGAUGAGCAAGAAGAUCUAUCUGAAAAGCCAGAGGAACUUGAAACUAGAAAAGUGCCAAAAUUGUCCUUGAAAUUGCCAAAACCCAGUUUGUACAACGAAGAUGAAGGAGAAGAUAGUAAUGCUAGUAAUGAGGAGCUUGAGGAGGAGGGCAAAACCACCCUGGAAAUAAAUUAUAUUGAAAGUGAGAAUGACGAAGAGGAAGUGAAACAAGAACCAACCGAUGAUUUAGUAGAAGUCGCAGUAGGCAAUUCCACUUCAAAGUACCCUGUAGCAGGUGCGGAGGUCUCAAUAAUUGAAAUAGAAUUGGAUCAACCCCUGGAUAAAAUUGACAUAAGUGUUUUAUUGCAAAAGUGCUUAUCAUCAACAGCUCCCACAUGCAUCUACUGCAACCAUUCAAGAAAAAUUGCUGUAAAUGGAAAGCAACUUGCACUACAUGCCAUUGCCGAGCAUAGGUUUUCAGCAAUCAACAAAAGUAUAACAGAAGAAGAACUAACCCCAACAAGUUUCAACAUGAGAAUUGAAGAGUGCCUACCACAACUCGAGGACACCUACUUCAACUUGGAAUCAGGUGCUUCAGGGGAAGCGGUGACAUUUUCCCAUCUUUUUGAGUGUUUCCAAUGCCACUACAGCACUACAGUGCAUAAGGAGCUCUAUUUGCAUAACAGAAAAUUCCACUCAAAGAAUCUGCUCCUGUGUAUUAUGUGUAAAACUAUAUUCUACAGUUACAGUGAGCUGAUAUGCCACCUGUGUCCGGGCUUAUAUGUUUUAGGAUAUGACACACAGUUUAGAUGCUGCAUGUGUGUUAGUGAUCAUUUGCCAUCUUCGUUUAGGCUGAUGGUGCAUUUGAGGAAAAGGCAUAAUGUUUGUGAUGUUUGCUUGGAAAUGUGCCAUGGCCAGUAUAAACUCUCAAACCAUGUGUGGAAGCAUAAGUUGCAUCAUUUUUGUUAUAGGUGUGGAAUUGCAUACAGAAAUAAACCUGAUAUUACAAGGCAUCUUUUCUGGAAGCAUGGUACUGAAAGUGUACUAUGCAAAAAAUGCCUACAAAAGAAAUGGCCUCAUGUAUACCAUUUUUGUGUACCUCCCCCGAAUUUUACCUGUGAAGAAUGUAACUUGAUGUUCACCAGAGCAGUUUCACUAAAAGUACAUAAAAGGAUCCAUACAGGAGAGAAGAAACAUCCAUGCACAUGGGAAGACUGUACAGAGCUAUUUAUAUCGAAAAAACUAAUGCUUAAACAUUUAAAAAGUCAUACAGAACCUCCGGAGGAAGUUGUUCCUGAACCAGUUAAGGAAGAACCAGAGAUAAAAGAAGAAGAACAAGAUGAAGGACUUGACGUGAAGAAAGAGAAUGUAGAAGUUGAUACAGAAGAGCCACCAAAGCCAGUUAAGCCAAAGGUAGAUGUCUAUGAUCUUCCAGAACUAAACUUAUCAGAAAGUGAAUCUAGUGAUUCAGAAUCUGAACCGGACAAGCCCAAAAUGGAGGAAGGCUCUAAUACCCUGGACUCUAUAAAUACAGUGGAAGAUAAUUUAGAAUUAAGUGACAUACCGGGGCAAGGUCCAAUAUUGCUUCUUCCUAACAAUCCAUUAACCAACCAUCUGCAAAUGCUAAAUGAAGAAAUUACUAGCAAUAAUGAGACUUUGCCUGAUAUUUCUGAGCAGUCUACUGAAACAUCCACAGAUACCACCACAAUGCAAGAGAUUUGGGAUAACUUUAAAACCUAUCAGGCGAACAAGGAAAAGAUGGAUAAUAUCCUCAUUGGAGAUGUUGAUUUAAAGGUUGAUAAACCUUAUGUGCCUGAUAUUCCAAUACCAGAAGUGGAAGAAGGCAUUUCAGCAGAAUUGGCACUGAGAGACCAUGACUAUUGCGUUCCGGAAAAACCGGAUGCUAUAGUGGAAGUAAAGCCCUCCCUGGAAUCAACAGAAAGCAUGGACCACGACUACUGUUCAUUCACUGAAACGGACAAAAAGACCACUACAGAUUUAGAAACCCCAGCAACAGCUCCUGCAACAGAAACCGCCCUACAACCAACCGAACCACCACAACCCUCUCCAAGAAAACGAAACAGCUCGACAAGUUCGACGAGUAGCGGAAGCGAUUCGAGCUGUUCCUGCGGUUCGAACUGUUCCUGUUCCGAUAGCAGUAGCGGUAGCUCGAGUUCGACCUCGGACAGUUCGAACUCCGACAGUUCCACGGAGGACGGUAGAAAGAGACAGCUACAGCGACGUCUCAAGAGAAAGGAGAGGAGCAAGGCGGCGAAAAAGGAGGCUCUCGUCGCGGAGCAAGCGACGAGGGAACAACAAGCGAACGCGGAAGCGGAACCGGAAGCGAAACCGGUGAAAACGGAAGCGCAAGCGGUACAGCCGAUUCCCGCGCACGAUAUGCCCAUUAGGGAAUCGGAUUUGGAGACUACGGAGAGCGAGACGGACGAGGAAUUUUAUGACAGAGAACCCCUUAAAUUCGCCAAAAAAAUCCUCGAAGAAAAACGCGCACAAUUGAUAGCAGACGUAGGCUCGAAUGUGGUACCAAACGGUUCCUUCAUUGAAAGUACCAGUAGACCACCAACACCACCGGCUGGUACCAUACAAGAGGAAGAAACUCAUCCGAAACGUAAAAAGAAAACAAAAAAGCGAAAAAAGCGCAAGAGCGAACGGAAAGCGGCUGCAACGGAACGCACGUACACGUCGAAACUGAUCAUCGAUCCAGUGGAAACGGUGGUGCCGCCUCCACCGCCCUCCGUCCCUUAUUACCAACAGUUUCAUCAGACUAUUCAGGCGCAAAGUCCGCCGGUGGUGCCGCCUAUUACUUUGUCUUUAGGUCGAAAUUCCCCCGCUGGAACGCCACAUACGCCGCCCAUUGUAAAGGAGCCUUCCUCAUUGGCUAGUCAAGAUGGCCAUCUAUCGGAUACGUCGGGCAACGUGAGGGCGUCAAAGAGGAGAAGAGUGCCGAACAAGUUUUACGGAUAUUCCAGCGACGAAGAGGACAGACCGCAAAGUUUAAAGAGGACUAAAGUUGAAAUUAAUAGGACAAUACCUGCUCCAUCUUCGCCGAUGUUGGUGCCGCCAAUUACUAUUAAGACUGUCCAGCCUCCGUUGGUAACCCCGCCAAAACCGCAGCUCGUCGAACCGAUCACUUUGAAGUUGCCAAAGUCUUAUAGCCAAUCGAAUGAGUACAGUAGGAGUCAUAAAAAGACCCCGACAGUUCCGCCCCUACGAAUAUCCGCACCCAGGGCCUCUCUACCGCCGCCGCCACCGCCUCCAAAAGACGACAGCGCCACAGAAUCAAACGACUCGGACUUGGACGAAUCGCCCGUACUACGGCAACCGGCUCCAUCUGUUGCCGACGUACCGAAAGCCACACAACCCCAAUUGUAUUGUUAUUGUCGAUGUCCGUACGAUGAGGUUUCCGAAAUGAUCGGAUGUGAUUCAAACGAUUGUGAAAUCGAGUGGUUUCACUUCGAAUGUGUCGGUAUUAUGGUACCACCGAAGGGUCAAUGGUUCUGUCCCGACUGCCGGAAGAAGAAACAGCAGCGCCUGUAUACUUAAAUUGAGUUUUUCUCUUUUUUUUUUUUAAGUGGAAAUGAAGAGUUUAUGCUACUAGGAGAUUGUUUAGGGCUCGAGAUUAAAUAAAGUGAGAACAAGGCGUCGUAUUGUGAAAAUUUUAGGAAGUGGAAUUGGUAAAAGAAACAUAAUUUGGCAAGUUUUAUGAUAGCAAACGGAGAAAUAGAAUGUGCAGGUAAGGAAGAUUAAAAACAGGUUUCUUGGAUUUGCAAUUUUCCUUUUUAAAUCAAAAUGACAACGUAUCGACGCGGUUUAGCGUCAAAGUAUGAACGACUGCGAAAUAACAGGAUCUUUAUUUAUAAGAUAAUAAUUUUAUGAUCCGCGGGAAUUCUUUCGGGUUACUAUUAUUCACUGUGAAAUAUGAACUGUGGAGUUUAGAAAAAUUCUUGGAAUUAUUUUUAUUUAACUGAUAGCAACAGUAAUGGGAAAACUUAAGCAUAAACUCCUUACAUGCUCUUAAAACCGUAAUAAUUAAUAAUAAUCAUGUGGUAAAUAUUACGCCAUUCAAAUUAUUCAUAUAAUUAAUUAGUAUUAGUAUAUUAUACAUUAUGCCUUUAAAAUCUAGAUUUAUCAAUUUGAAUUUAAUAUUUUAGUGUUAAUAGUAUUGUAUUAAAAAUAUAUAUAUAUAAAACAAUAGCCAGGAAACUAUUAAACAAAAUUGCAUCAACCUUUUCCAAUUAACCGCCUUGGAAUCCUGAUGAAAUUUUGGUGUCAAAUUUUAAAGAAAAUUUGCAGAAAAAACGUUCCAACUCAAACUGCUCUAAGUGCCCUAAUAUUUAACGUAGAAUGACGCUUUUACUCUCAAAUUGAUUCUCAGGAAUUCCUCUUAAUAAUCAAAAAAAUUGAAAUCUAUGAAAUCUAUAAAAAUAUUUUAAGUGCAUCCUAAGUUAAGACCAAAAAUGUCUGUUAAAAAAUCAAAAUCUUGAUCUUGCAUAUGCGUUUCAAAUAUCUCAAACUUCGUGGGUGUUGGACCUUGUCUGACAAAAUUGCCUCUAACUAAGAAAGUUUUUGAGGGACAAAAAACGUUCGUAUAUGCAAUGAUUCGGUAAGAAAUGCCCCUUUUUUACUGAAGCCCCCUUAAAAAUAUUCUAAUUAUUCAAUAUCAAUAGACUAUUAAUAAAACGGCAAUUUUCAAUUGGAUUAAGAUCCAGAGACUGAGGCGGCCACUUGAAAAACUUAUUAUUGUUUUCACUAAGCCACUGUCUCAUAAUUUUUCCCGUAUAUUUAGAGUCGUUGUUAUAAUGUUAUAUCCUCCUGAGACCCCCGGCCAGCUGACUUUUAAUAAACAAGGAUAAACAUAAUAGUUUAUAUACUUGGGAUACACUUACUAUAAAAAUACGUGUUUUUUUUUUUAAAGUCAACCAUUUCUUAUUUUUUUGAUGUCCACUUAAAUGGACGUUGGGUCAUAAAGAACCAAAAAAAAAAAUGCAUAAUUAUUUAUUAUGUGUUUUAACAAAAAUAAUAUUUCUUAAACUACCAAAAUUUUCGAUGUAAUGUUAUUGCCCAGUCAAAAUUUGUGGCUAAAAGUUUAUCCACAACGCUGAUCUUAAAAUCUAAAAAUUGUUGAAUUUGCCUGGCAGAAUCACCUACUUUUUUCCUAUCAGUUCUGUAGAGGAUCCAGGCAUUUGCAAGAGCUAAAUCUAUGAAAUGUAAUAUUACUUUUACAGUCCACUUUUUAGUUCUAGUAUUGAUGCGAUAGUAACUAGUCAUUCGAUCCAUCAAAUCAAUACCACCCAUACAAUCAUUGUAUGAUUUAACAAUGUUUGGUCUAGAAAUAUCUAGGUAUUUAGCCUCCUUUUUCGACCAACGUUUACAUACAUUUAUUGGAUCUUUUUCCAUUUUAGGCGAUGCUAAAAUUAUUGGUUUUUGAUCAUACCAUUGAACCAAAUUAAUCUUUGAAUCAUCCCUUACUGAUUGUUCACUAAAACCUCGUUCGAAUUUUUUAAUUUCUUUUUCUGCUGUUAGAUGAGCUGAAGAAGGAAUUCUAGACUUCAUAAUAGUACCCGUACCAUAAAAGUUUUUAUCAAGUAAACUCUCCAACAACGAUAUUGUUGUAAAAUAGCGAUCCAUGAAGAUGUAAGAGCCACUUUUAAGGCUUUGGGAUAAUCGCAUCACUGCUGAAGCUUCAACACCCAAUUUUUUUGAAUUUUCAUCCAAAAAAGUUUGUUUACCUUGAUAGAUUUCAAAGUCAAGCACAAGUCCUUCUGGUGUAGCACAUACAAAAUUUUUUAGUCCUUCUGGAUUGGGUUUGCCUCUUACGAAUUGUUUUAGACCACAGGUGCCAGUAAAUGGUAUCAUUUGUUCAUCCACUGCAACAUUUUCUUGCCUCUCUAGUUUUAAACAUCCUUGUCUGACUCUCUCGGUAAUUGGUCUUACUUUCCAUAACCUGCCCUUUUGUUUAUCAUUAGCUGAUACAUCAUUGUCAAUGACUACUUUUAAGUGACUUCUUAUCGAAAAAAAUCUAUCCCGCGUCAACUGCUUCGCAAUUGAAUCAACUCUAGUUGUUUUGGCCCAAAACAUCUUCACCCUAGGAUAUUUUAAACAAGACAUUAAAACCGAUAUUCCAAUAAAUUUUUUUACUUCAUCGGUCGAUAAAUUCAUAAUUUUAUCAUUUUCUAAAAAAAAAAUUAUAUUUGUGCAAUCACGCAUUGUCUCAAAUAAUUUAUCGUCAAUAAAUACUGACACAUAAUCCAUAAUGUUCCAAUCUGCUUUGAAAGUGACUUUCUUCAAAACCGUCUUUGACUACUUCUACUCCCUUGAAACUGCAAUAGAAAAAAAAUUAGGAAAAGAUAAAUUUUACUACCUAAAAAAAUACCUGUCAGAUUUUCUCCAAGUCAUUCUUUUAGCUUUUGCUGACAUUUUUUCCUUUAAAAUGCUAAGUGAAAUAUCAAAUUCUGGGUCUGAGUCACCAUCAUAAUCAUCUGCAUUUAUUAUCCCAUCUUCAUCGUCAUCUGAGUCUCCUUCACACUCAGAAUCAUCAGCAUUCAAUAAUUGAAGUAGCCUAUCGUCAUCUUUACCGGGUCGCAAAUAAGUAUCAUUUCCAUGUCAUAAAUUUAAAAUGUUUCUUAAAAUUAUUUAUUUGGCUAGUUUGAAGUUAACAAUUUAAAGCAAGUCCUAGUGUCCACUUUAAUGGAUUGAGGUUAAAUGUAAAAUUAGGGGACGAAUUCCCGACGAUCAUUUAAAUGGACAUGGCCGUUUUUUUCCAUUUAUUUAAAUAAAUUUCCACUAAAGACUUAAAAUAUUAAUCGAAUUAUAAACAAAAAUCAUUUAGAAAAAGAUUAUACUAGUUUUUACAAAAAAAUAUUUAGAAAAAAUAGAAAAAUUAAGUGAAAAACUUACCGUCAAUUGUUGCACGUCCGAACGCCGACAUUUUAACAGCUGACUAGCGCUAUGUUGGCCAGCUGAUUGCACUUUUUACGUUUAGAUGGCGCGAUGGGUUAUAGUCGAAGUAGAAAUGCGUAGAUGCACUGGUAAAUUAGAGUUUUUUUCGGAAUUACUACGUAAUAUUGGAAUGUCCACCUAGAUGGACGCAAGUUCUCAGGAGGAUAUUGGGACAUUUAUUUCAAUGGCAUAACAUGUAACAUUAUCAGUGUAUCUCAAUUGAACUCGCCUCAACUUGUGAGGGUUUAAUAUCGCAAAAAGUAAUUAAUCCCUAUUUUGGGUUGAGUCUGGUUUCUCUGUUUCGAUCAGCUCUUUUUAGAGUUAUUAUAUUAGUAUGAAUUCUAACUUGUUUUCUGACACAAAAUUGUCUUGCUAUGCCAAUUGAAAAAAAUUAAUUUUACAAGGCAUUUUUAAAUAAAGAGAAGAAAUGCUAAUUUACACACUCUCAGUAAUUUUAUUAUGUUAGCCUCGAUGAUGAACGAAAUCCGCGUCGAAACCUUGUCAUUUUUUAUAUUAAGAGAACUGUUUUUAAUAUUCCCCAUCAGCUUUGUCUUGCCCAAGUUUUGUGACCUUUUGCACCUUCUAAAAUUGAAGAAUUAUGCCCCAAAAGUUGUUUGUGAAUUUAAUUUACAAUUUCAAAGACAGUUUAAUUACAAUCUAAUAUUAGUGCACGAUAUAAUUCUUUUGAAAACCCAAAAAAGUGACAUUAUUUAUUGUUUAUGUUGGAUUACGUUAUUAAUUGGUCGACCCGAUUUUUUAUAUUUGAAUUUCGUUUUAAUUUGUAUUUAUAAUGUAAAUAAAUUAAGACGUGCUGUACAGUGUAUCUAUAUUAUAUGGUGUCAUGUGUAUAAUUUAAAGUUGAAAUGCUUAUAUUGUGGACUUAAGUUAUGUUUAUUGUUUUAAAAAUUUUGUUUUGUACAUACAUAGCUAUUUUUGAAUCUGUCCUUUUUUCGGGCUUGUUAUAAGGACGUUCUAAAACAUUUUAAAGGGUUUUCUGUACGAGUUAUUAUGUAGACCAUUUAGUGAUUAUGCAUUGUAUAUUUCUUAUGCAGAAAUCUGCCAAAAUGUUGUAAAAAUGUAUAUAAAUUAAAAAUAUUAUUGUGA